CAAAAAAACCUAGGCCCAAGCCCGGAUUUUCCGGGCCGGGCUGAAAAGAUCACCCCUAGGCCAUGCCCUUAAACAUUUUCACUAAGUUUUGUUGACCAUAUGGCAAAACAAACAAUUCUUGUGAAAGAUACAUUAAUUAAAUAGGUCUUAAACUAUAGAAAGUGUUUUAGACUAUAAGGUAAGUCGGCUCAAGGACCAUGUGAACACUGAGAUUAAGUCAUCUAUAAUAUCUUCCGUACAAGUAGACAGAUGUUCCCGAUGUGCGGCUGGAUUGCUUUUUCAGAAAUCCCAUGCCAUAUUGAAUUGAUUGAUUCAGAUCAGACCUCUCGUAUAAAAUCACCGAAAACCAGAUCAAGGGUUUUUCCAAGGCACCUGCAUCUCCACAUCGUCAGGGCCCUCGUUCCUCCUCUGUAACUAUUCACUGCUUCAAAUUGGAUGGCGCCAAAGAAAGAAAAGGCUCCUCCUCCAUCUUCUAAGCCUGCCAAAUCUGGGGGCGGUAAACAGAAGAAGAAGAAGUGGAGCAAGGGAAAGCAAAAGGAGAAGGUGAACAACAUGGUUUUGUUUGACCAGGCGACCUACGACAAGCUCCUAUCGGAAGCACCCAAAUAUAAGCUCAUCACCCCUUCCAUUUUGUCUGACAGAUUAAGGAUCAAUGGAUCGCUGGCACGGCGGGCUAUCAGGGAAUUAAUGGCAAGAGGUCUUAUUAGGAUGGUGUCUGCACAUGCAAGCCAGCAGAUUUACACAAGGGCAACUAAUACCUAGGCGUUUUUUUUUAUUCUUUUGUUAUUUUUUGUUUUAUAUUAUGGAUGUUGAUUAAUUUACGGAGAAAAUUAUUCUUUCGUUUUAAGGAAGAAAUUUUUUCUCCU